CAGCCAGCAACAUGCCAUCGGCUGACUUCAUGCAGUAUGAAGAUCUUGACAAUUUCACCUACUACUUUGAGAGUUACGAAGAAGAGGAGCCGCCUCAGCCCUCGCUCAGUCACGCGCACAUCGUUUCUCUUGUGCUACACAGUUUAGCUUUCCUCCUAGGAGUGCCUGGCAACGCAAUUGUCAUCUGGAUCAUGGGCUUUAAAUGGGAUAAGACGGUCACUUCCCUCUGGUUCCUCAACCUUGCCAUUGCAGACUUUAUCUUUGUCCUUUUCCUGCCUCUCUACAUCACCUACGUGGCCACGGGCUUCCACUGGCCAUUUGGGAAAUGGCUGUGCAAAGCCAACUCCUUCGUCGCCUUGUUCAACAUGUCUGCCAGUGUCUUCUUCCUUACGGCCAUCAGCCUCGACCGCUAUGUUCACCUGAUCCAUCCUGUCUGCUCUUACAAAUAUCGGACGGUCAGAAACACUUGUAUCUUGAUUGCCAUCAUUUGGACCUCGGCAACCAUAAUUGGAAGCCCGGCCUUGUAUUUCAGAGAUACGCUUACCCUGCACAACAAUUUCACCAUUUGCUACAAUAACUUUCAUCCGCAUGACCCCAGCCUCACUGUCCUGAUACACCAUGUUCUCACCUGGGUGAGGUUCUUUUUUGGUUAUCUCUUCCCUCUCCUAACCAUGAUAAUUUGUUACUCCCUUCUAUUCGUCAAGGUGAAGAAGAACGUCGUCUUGACUUCCAGCAGGCUUCUUUGGACUGUCCUGGCCGUUGUGGUUGCCUUCUUCGUUUGCUGGACCCCCUACCACAUCUUCAGCAUCAUUGAGCUAACAAUUCACCAUAACGAUUACUAUCACGCCUUGCUCCGGGAUGCCAUUCCUGUGACUGUCGGAUUUGCUUUCAUCAAUAGCUGUCUUAACCCGAUCCUUUACGUCCUUCUCAGCAAGAAGCUGCGGUCUUGCUUUCAGGUGACAUUUUCAGAAUUAGUGAAACACACCCUGUGGGAGGUCAGCCGGUCAGGGACAGUCAGCGAACAAGUUUGGAACUCUGUGAGUCUGCAGCAGUACGAAACCCCCGGGGCGAAAAAUCCUUCCAGCGAAACCACUCAGUAAUUCGGCUAUCCACCUUUCUUUCUAAAGAACUCGUUUACUAAAUAUCAGGAGGGUUUUGUAAGUAAAUAAUAUGAGAUUUAUAUACCCAAGGCAUGGUAGAUUGAGGCUGGGUAAUAUUUUGAAAGCUCAUUUCAAUU